GGGCACGCAGCGUGUGUUGAAGUGUGAGCAGAGCUGCUUCACUGAGCCAAGCGGACCCAAAACAAACCAGCAGGACUGCGGCUCAGAAGAAAGAUAAGGGCGAGAAGAGCCUCGCACUGAGAGAGAUAACCAUCCUUAUUUAUAAAGCUGGAAGCUCAUUUUAUAUUUUAUUUUGUUGGUUUUUGCACUGCAGCUGAUAGCGGAUGCAUUUUUUUCUCCAUUAUGUAAAUUAGAUAUUUUUAUGCGCCUCUUUACACGAGAGUGGACCUUGCAGUAGCAUUUCUGCUGAACAUUUCUAGAUAAGAACAGUGAGGGAGCAGAAGACAUGGAGAAAGCACAGGGCUUCUCUCCGGACAGAAACGUCCUCUGCCUGUUUGAUGUGGACGGCACUCUGACACCACCGAGAGAGAAAAUCGACCCGGAGCUGGAUGAGUUCUUCCAGACUCUGCGUAAGAAGGUGAAGAUCGGCAUCGUGGGAGGGUCGGACUACUCGAAGAUUGCAGAGCAGCUUGGGGAGGGAGAUGAUGUGAUACACAAGUUUGAUUAUGUGUUUGCUGAAAAUGGGACAGUGCAGUACAAAGAUGGGAAACUCCUCUCAAAACAUGCCAUUCAAAACCAGAUCGGGGAGGAGCUGCUGCAGGACCUGAUCAACUUCUGCCUCAGUUACAUGGGACUUAUCAAACUGCCAAAGAAAAGGGGUACAUUUAUUGAGUUCAGGAACGGAAUGAUCAACAUCUCCCCCAUCGGUCGGAGCUGCACGCCAGAGGAGCGAAUUGAAUUUUCUGAAAUCGACAAGAGAGAGAAGAUCAGAGAGAAAUUUGUUGCUGCUCUGAAAAAGGAGUUUGCUGGAAAAGGACUACGGUUUACUAAAGGUGGCCUCAUCAGCUUUGACAUUUUCCCAGAGGGCUGGGACAAGAGACUCUGUUUAGAGGUGCUGGAGAGGGAAGGCUUGGAUGCCAUCUACUUUUUUGGCAAUGAGACCUCAGAUGGAGGAAACGACUAUGAAAUUUUCAACGACCCACGGACCAUCGGCUUCACGGUCUACUCUCCAGAGGACACAGCUCGGCUCUGUCGGGAGCUUUUCUUUGACGCUUUACCACAUGAGUCCUGAUGUCCCGAACUGCCCCCUUUCUCCUCAAGCCCCGUCUGAACACGAGUCUGUGGCCGUCUGCUGGCGAGCUCAGGCUGUUUUAAACUGAUGAAAGGUACCAAUACCGAUCUCUCCAUGUUUUUAAUAUUUCUACUAAAUUUAAAUGGACUGAAGCGGGGUGAAUGAGCUACACCUGUUCGGAAAGUCGCAGUUCUUUUUUUCUUUUUUUUAAAGAAGGGACGUUGACGAGGGAAGUGUUACAUGUGCGGAGGACUGUGCCCGGAGAUGUGCUCUGACCGGAGAGGUGCUCUGACCGGAGAGUCACGUUACUGUGACGUGUUAUCACGUUCACUUUGAGAGAUUGUAACACUUGAUGCAGUUUUUUAAAAAUGUAAGACUUGCACUAAUGCUGACAUAAUUUUUGCCAAUGUAUUGUUUUUUAACUCUGCUGAUGGAGGCGAGCAGUGUGAGAGACUGACAUUAAACAGGUGAUUUAUGGGAUUUUCUAUGAAAACGAGAUUGGAAUUAAGGGCCUUUCUUAGAUCUCAAGUCGAGGAUACAGAGGAAUCAUUCCAGAUGUUUCUAAUGUCUGAACUGUACGUGUUUGACUGUUUUACCAUGUGAUCACAGGAACAUUGGAUUUUUGUUUUAACUUCUUUAACAGAAAGAAGCUUGCUGCCAUUUCUCAUUCUGCUUCUCAAAGCUUUAGAAAUCACAUCCAAGGGAAGUUUCUAAAGAUUCUUUACUGUAAUCAGUGAAUUAAGCUACUGUCACUGUAUACUUAUGUGGCUCAAUAUGGAAACUUUUUCUUACAAGCUGGGCUUUUGCCUGCAUGUGAUACACGUGACUGCAUCUGCUGAUGGUUUUCCAGUUGUACGACAUUAUCAACAGCUGCUUAAAAUGGAACAUUCAGGCUCAUUUCCAGCUGUUUAUAUUUAUUCUUUGACUCAUGCUGAUCAAACUAGUCUUUAUUUAUCCUACAUUGAGCCUUGCUGCAGAUCGUCCUCUGUCUGAAACAAGCCACUUUAGCUCCUCUCCUCUUAUGCAAGCUUUCUUCUGAUUGGCUGCUUGUCCUAAACCAAAGGUUUGAGAACAACAGGAGAGAAUUGGGUUCUGAGGAUAUCAGUAGAUGGAGCCGAUAUUGGAAAAAACUCAGUGAAACUAAGGUUUUAGAGCAGUCUGAAGCUUGAGGUGUUCAUUCAUGUACAAGCAUAAUAGGUCCUCUUUAACCGCCUGGUGUCCACAUAUGUGGACAUCACAUUUUGGGUUAUUUAGAC